UGAAAAGUGAAAACUUCCUCUUUGAAGCAAAGCACGAAACCGAAGAGAUCAAAACGAUGGCGUUAAAGAGAAAUCACACGACGGAGCUUGGCUGCAUAGCCUGCGAGGAGCUAACCGAAAUUGGAGCCGGAAAGGAAAGCUGGCUGGUCGAAAAUCCUAACCUUAAUUGCGCUCUCGACACCCAUUCCAUAGCCCUUGCAAAUCGUUCCGUCAUAGUAAUCACCGCUUGGGAUGAUGCCCCUCGCAUCAAGAUCCGCCCCGAUUUGUCACCCAUCGAAUCCGAAUCCAUCACCGCGCUCGAGUGGUUAGUUUUUGAUGAGAUUCGAGUGAUCGCUGUGGGCACUUCUUGUGGGUUCCUGUUGGUUUAUUCUUUGGAUGCCCAUUUGAUUCAUAAACAGAUGGUAUAUCCUGGGCGGAUUUUGAAAAUAAGAGUUCGCGGAACAAACAAGGAUUUGACUCACCAAACAUCAUCCUCUUCUGAGGAGAUUUCGGUUGUUAUUCCUGGUGUUAUUGCUCGUUUUGAUGGCUCUGAUUUUCAGAACAUGCUGCAAGAUUGGCUUCAAGAAAAUAGUUCUCAGUUUUGGGAUGAGAAGCCGGAUAGGGAUACAAAUGGAUUAGGGAAUAUUACUUACAAGAGAAUGCCUUACCAGUUAUGGAAUGUUAACAAAUAUGGUUCGUGCGCUGAUGCUGCUAUUACUGGCAUCAUGCCUCCUCCUCUAAUGGAAAUUGAGUCGAGUCAACGAUACUAUUGUGCUGUCACUAUUGGGGAUAAUGCUGUAAUUUCUGCUUACAGACUUUCAGAAGACAGAAGUAAGUCUUUAGUUGGAGCUAUUCUGUCAAAAGUUGUGCCUGCAACAUUUUCUACAAUAGCUUCUUUGUCCAAAAUGAUAUGGCGGAGUGACAAGGCAUCGCCCAAAAAAUCAGAAGCAAAGCCUCAGUCAUUUGCUAAAGCUUCUCCUUUGACAUGUUUAAAGGAUUACCCCAGAAAAGGCGAGAAGCUCACGUUAUCACCGAGUGGAACAUUGGCUGCAAUAACAGAUUCACUUGGUCGUAUAUUGCUUUUAGACACUCAAGCUCUUGUAGUUGUGCGACUAUGGAAGGGAUAUCGUGAUGCUAUCUGUUUUUUCAUGGAGAUGCUAGCUAAUCGGGACAAUACAAGGGCUAGUUCAUCUUAUUAUGAACCAUCAAAAAGUGAUUAUUGCCUCUGUCUAGCUAUUCAUGCACCUCGGAAAGGAAUUAUCGAGGUCUGGCAGAUGAGGACUGGCCCACGUCUUCUAACAAUUCCGUGUGCCAAAGGUAGUAAAUUACUGCAACCAACAUAUAGGUUUGGUUCAUCGAUAGAUGCUCCUUAUGUUCCGCUAGAAGUAUUCGUGUUAAAUGGAGACUCUGGUCAGUUAUCAAUAUUAAAUCGCUCUCUUAAUUGAA